CGCGCAGGGGUCUGUGGAGUGCCGCCCCCAGCCGUGCUCUCAGCACAAGCGGAGUGUGCAGCCUGGGGAGAGCCCGGAUCGUUUGGGUUGCAGGGCUGGAAGAAGCGGGAGUAAGGCUCGGGUUUUCCUUGCCGGAGCUGGAGUGAUGUCGCCGUUGACUUUUUUUGAGCUGUUGGAAGAACCCAUAGGCUUGUCUAACACUGCCAAAAUUGUGGACUGGUUGGUGCUUUCUCAUGGGAUCCCUGUGACUGACAAAGGAGAGGUUGUUGUGACUGCUCUGCAAUGACUACAGCAAGAUACAGGCCUACCUGGGACUUGGUACUUGACCCAUUAGUGUCCUGUAAGCUCUGCCUUGGUGAAUACCCCGUGGAGCAGAUGACAACAAUAGCACAAUGCCAAUGCAUCUUCUGUACCCUGUGCCUAAAACAGUAUGUGGAACUUCUAAUCAAAGAAGGUCUAGAAACAGCAAUCAGCUGCCCUGAUGCUGCCUGCCCAAAGCGAGGUCAUCUGCAAGAAAAUGAGAUUGAGUGCAUGGUUGCAUCAGAAAUCAUGCAAAGGUAUAAGAAGCUACAGUUUGAAAGAGAAGUGCUUUUGGAUCCCUGCCGGACUUGGUGUCCAUCCUCUACGUGCCAGGCAGUUUGCCAGCUCCAGGAAUCAAGCCCACAGGACCCUCAGCUGGUCCAGUGCAAAGUGUGUGACAUUGAGUUCUGCUCUGCUUGCAAAUCUAAUUGGCAUCCAGGUCAAGGCUGUCAAGAGAGCAUGCCAAUCUCUUUUCUUCCAGGAGAAACAAGUUCAGUUUUCAAAAUGGAAGAUGAUGAUGCUCCGAUCAAACGCUGUCCAAAGUGUAAAGUUUACAUUGAACGAGAUGAAGGCUGUGCCCAAAUGAUGUGUAAGAAUUGCAAACAUGCCUUUUGCUGGUACUGUCUGGAAUCUCUUGAUGAUGAUUUUCUCCUUAUACAUUAUGACAAAGGACCUUGUCGAAACAAGCUGGGGCACUCCAGGGCAUCUGUUAUCUGGCACAGGACACAGGUGGUAGGCAUUUUUGCAGGAUUUGGUCUUCUACUUUUGGUGGCCUCUCCUUUCCUUCUACUUGCUACACCAUUUGUUCUCUGCUGCAAGUGCAAAUGUAAUAAAGGAGAUGAUGACCCUCUACCUACCUAGACUGAGAGAAGAUUGGACUCAUCACAACACGUUUUGAUUUUACUGUUGCUGUUAUGUUUCCCUCUUGCACUUACAUUGCUGUAGCCUUACUUGCCCCAUUCUGCUUUUUGUUGACACAGUCUUGAUUCCAGGAACUGUUGUUACUACUGUUGUACAGAUCACUUGAUAACAGACAAGGAGGGUAAGAGAGGGCAAGUUUGGUGCUAAAGGGAGACCACAGACCUGGGCAGCUAUCUGAAAUUAAGAGGUGAUACUGCUAAAAAUAAUGCAAAAGGUUGGUGCUGCCCUGCUGGUGGGACUGUACUGAAUGACAUCAGCAAACCAAGCUGAAAAAGCCUACAAACUUCUGCAUAUCUGUUUGCUUCCAAAUUUGCUGUCUUAUUCCUGCAUAUGUUUGAGUUGACUAUCAUUUGAAUCUGAUAGUCAACUUCAUGUGACUUUAUUACACAUCUGAUUUUGUUAAAGCCAUCACAAUGUCCUUUUUAGUACCUAUUUUUUCCAAGUGUAACAAAAUUAGUAAGGUGCAUAUAGGCCAUCUUAUGCCUUUCUUGAAAUUUGGGGAGGAUCAGAGGGACCAAGUUAGUCCUGCUGCCUUCCACUAAUUUUAUAAAGUCUUAUAAGAAAUUUGUUUGAUUAAAAGCUACAUUUUAAAAUUAAUUGAUGAAGCUGUAAGGUUGAGUGGAGACACAAACCUGCUAUUUAAUCAAGUUUCUUUUAAAAAUACAUUGAUGGUAUUGCUUACCCCUGGACCACUAGUGUUUUUCUGAAUUGUUAUUUUUCGCUCUUGUUUAGGGUUCUGCUACACUUAUAGGGCUAUGUAACUUCUAAUCCAGGUAUCUUAAUCUUUUUAUAGAUACAUAGAUAUAUAUAUAUAUUAAAUCCUAUUUAAACCAAAUGUGUAAAUAGCUGUGCUAUUGAAUUAUUUUGGAAAUUCAGAAUAGCUUGCUUCUGUCUUUAGGACAAUUAAUAAAAAAUACAGGACUAACUUUACUGUUUAGCAGACUUUUGGGUUAUUAAUGAGUCUUAAAUAUAAAAAUACAUCAUGGUUAUCCCUGUAGUUAAUAUGAAAAUGCCUGGGAUAUUUGUGGAAGUUGUGCUUUGCAUUUAAACUACUUAGCCCAUUUUCAGAGAUAGUAUUGUAUGAUAUAUGGUGUAUUGUGCUAAUAACAAUACUGUGACAAAAUAAGUUUUUAUUUGAAAACUAAUCACUUGAUAGUUUUGCAAGAUUCAGUACUCUGUUUUCAGGGUAGUAAAGUGUGCUAUUCAACAUACUACAUCAUAGAGGUUUCUCUUUAGAAAUAUUUUUUGAAAACCAUUUUGCUCUAUUUUAAAGCCAACAAGAAUUUGACUAAUAACUUCUUGCCAUUAAAUGUGAAGCACCUGAAACAAUGUGUAUGUCUGUAAUACGAAGGAAAACAUUCUUUUGAAUGGCUUGUGGACUGAAGUUUUACUGCAUUUCUUGGUCAUCAUUUAUUUCUGCCAUUAGCAAUGUACUGACAUGGAUGAAUAUCUUGAAGCCAGGAUAACUUUAUACUGAAAAUGUCUUAAGAUCUUUGACUGCAUCUGCUUCUGGCUGUUGUCACAGGCUGGGAAUUGUUUUCAUAGCUCAACCAUCAAAAAAUUACUCUUUAUUGGCUUUUGGUUUACACUGUGUAUCUGUUAAAUAAAAAUAUUGUAGGGCACAGUUUUGAAAAGGCCAAUUUCUUUUUAUAAAGCUGUUCUCCUCCCUUAUCCUCCAAGUUUAGUGCUGUUCAAAUUGUAUCUAACCAUAGAUUUUAACUCCAGGAGCUGGAGAUUGCAAUUCACUUACUUGGUUUGAUUUUAAUGAAUUUGGCCUCUGUAAUGUGAAUAAAAAGGAUAGGUUGUUUCCAGCAAAUCUGAAGUCAUGAUAUCUUCAGAUUGUUUAUGGCAAUGCACAGUUCA